AUGCCUGGGGCUGGGCUGGUUUUGCUGGCCGCGCUGGCCCUUGCGGAUAGCAACCGGGUGUCUACGCCCGGGAACUUGGCUGACUCGUCUUCCAUGGCGGAGCAGCGAAAGCUCUUCCGGAGCUUGCUGAAGGCUUCGUCCAUCUCCUGGGAACAGGCUGCUAAGGAUGGCAACGUGGCGGCCCUCGCAGCGCACCUUCAGGCCGGGAACGAUUUGAAUGCCAGAACGCCCUGGCAACGAUGGACAGCGGCGCACUUUGCCGCAGCAAAAGGCCCGCGUGAACCUCAACGCCAAAACCGUGGAAGGAUAUACACCGGCCGACAUAGCUGCCCAGCACGGCCGUCAAGAGGCUCUGAAGCUUCUCCUCAAGGCCGGCGCGGCCAGAACUUUGUCGUGACACCCACCGUCGCGGUGUACACAGAGGGGAGCUUGGCCAGAGCUCAGGCGGCUGGGGACCAGGACGAGAAGGCAGAAGUGACUGAGAAACCCAUCGCGGAGACGAGCGUGCCGCCUACUACGACCACCACCUCCAUCACCACCACGAGGGGGCGGCCUCCGGCCAUCUCCUUGGCAGACGCUGCCAGAAAUGGCGACGUGGCGGCCCUCAAGAAGCACCUCCAGGCCGGGACCGAUGUGAAUGCCAAACUGGCCGGCGGAUGGACCGCGGCGCACUAUGCCGCGACGUACGGCCACGUGGCGGCGCUGAAGUUCCUCCACGAGGCUGGUUCCGAUUUGAAUGCGGCGGACUCUCUGGAUGCGGGAUGGACCGCGGCGCACUAUGCCGCGUUUUACGGCCACCCGGCGGCGCUGAAGUUCCUCCACCAGGCGGGCGCCAACCUGAAAGCGACACAAAAAGCGGGUAGCACGCCGGCCUACUUGGCAGCCUGGCAGGGGAAGGCAGAGGCGCUGGAGGCACUCGCCAAGGCGGGGGCCGACCUGCAGAAGGCGAACCUACAGGGACGGACCCCUGCACACGGUGCAGCUUACGCCGGCCACGUGGACGCCCUGCGGGUCCUCAUCCAGGCCGGUGUCGACCUCAACGUCCAAGACUCUGACGGAAACACGCCGGCCGACGCUGCUGCCAAGCAGGACCAUCCAGAGGAGCUGAAGCUUCUCCUCGAGGCCGGGGGCAAACGCAACAAAGCCUGA